AUGUUUUUGUUUCUGAACUUAGCAUCAGCUGUUGGUCCAGAACCAAGUGAAGAAUAUCUGAUAUUUAACAGUGCAUCUAUCAAGGGUGGUGGAUGCUAUCGAAUUCCAUCUUUGGUUACUGCGAAAAAUGGAACAGUGAUUGCCUUCAUUGAUCUCAGACCAGGUAGCUGUGGAGAUCUUAACUAUGACAAUAAAAUCAAAAUUGCAGCAAGACACAGUUACGAUGAUGGUGUCACAUGGAGUGAUGAAAGAAUGGUUGCUGAUUAUGGUGAUAAUCUCUCCUCUUCAGAUUCUUCAUCUAUUCUCAAUACACAAACUGGUGAAAUUGUUGUGUUGUACAAUUUUUGGAAUUACAAUACAGAAAAAGGAAUUUAUAAGCAGCACGUCAAGAUAUCAUCAGAUAAUGGUGAAACAUGGGGCGAACCUAUCGAUAUCACAGAUCAAAUUGCUCCACCAGAUUCCCAGAAUCAUUUCAAGUUCAUAACAUCUGGCAAAGGUGCCCAAGCAAAGACUGGCUACUUAUAUCAAGCUCUCGUUGAUGUUUCUGCUGGAAAUUCUGUUUAUCUCAUUGAAUCAAAGAAUGGCGGAAGAAAUUGGACAAGAAUCGAUGUCAGGUGCCAAGUUGCUGAUGAAACAACUCUUAUACCUCUAGAAAACGGAAACAUUCUUCUUAAUGCCCGUACAUUUGACCACCAUCGCAGAUUCUUUGAAAUUGAUCCAGUAAAUCAGAAACUUGUCAAACAAGAAGAUAGACCUGAUUUGGUAGACCCGAACUGCGAUGCUGGCUUCAUGAAGUAUUAUUACGGAAAAUCAAAUAUCGUUUUCUUCUCCAACGCAAAUAACGCUGGUGGUAGAUCAAACAUGACAAUCAAGUACUCACUUGAUGAUGCUAAGACAUUCUCAAGCGGAAAGGUUGUUCAGCCAGGUGGUGGUGGAUAUUCUUCUAUCACUGUAAACAGAAAGUAUGAAGUAGUCAUGUUAUACGAGAAUCCAGGAAAGAAUGGCAUCACUGUGAGAAACUUACCAAUGAAUUGGGUUUUGAAUCAAUAA